AUGAUCAUCACCUCAGAGUGCCGCCCCUACUCGUGGGAACAGGAACCACUAGGUGGCAUUGUGUGGUGGGUCCAGCUCAGCGGCGGCACCAUGAACAAACCGCCGGAAUUCGAUGAAGAUCUUAAGAAGAAUAUUGGUACUAUAACGUACGAAGUUAGUAAGGAUGCUGAACCGAUUAAGUUCAUGGAAACGACCCGUGAUUUCGUGGCAAACUUGGUGAAAGAGCCUCACCAUGAGGAUGAUGCUACAUACAAUGUGCUGCAACAGGUGAUGUCGGGACUACUUUUCUUUUAUUCUGAGUAUGAUGAGAUAAUGAGAUAA